AUGGCAUUGAAGAUACAUCCUCGACUUGUCCUAUGGGGUGUCCGUAUGGGCUUCGUGUCCUACGGGUGGGAUGCGGGUGUACUUGGUGGUGUGCUUCAAACAAGUGCCUUCCAGACUGCUAUGAAGGCUCCUGACACAACUACCACGGCCAUGAUAGUUGCGUCGUUCUUGCUCGCUUCCUGGCUUGGGUGCUGCAUUGCUGCCUCUCCAUGGAGUGAUCGACAAGGUCGCCGCGUGUGGGUUAUGGUGGGAGCAGCACUCCAAAUUGUGGGUACCGUGGUUUCAUGCACUGCCUACUCGACGGGUCAAUUGAUUGCAGGCCGAGUUCUCAUCGGUGUUGGCAAUGGAUUUGUGGUCUCAACUGGUCCUGUCUACAUCGCAGAGACCGCUGGCACAGCGGAGCAACGUGGUCCUCUAGUCGGCAUCCUAAUGGGCUGUGCUUGUAUUGGUACGGCAUGUGCAUACUGGAUCGAUUUCGGCUUCACCUACGCUUCUGGUCAAGUCAUAUGGCGAUUCCCCGUAGCGUUCCAGAUCUUCUGGUCGCUUCUGACACUAGUCCUCGUCUUCCCCAACGCAGACUCACCUCGCUGGUACUUCUUGCGCAAUCGUCCAGACGAGGGCAGACUUAUACUCGGUCAGAUCUAUAACGACGAGGCGACCGCGGAACGCGUUGCCAGCGAGAUCAAGACGGAGCUGCACCAAGAAGUCGGCGAGAAGCUCCGGUUCUCAGACUUCUUCAUCGACAAGAGCGAGACGAAAGCCGCGACGCGCAUCCGUGACGGCGUUAUUCUCGUUGGCGUAGCGUACCUGAUGGGCAUCAACAUGAUCUUCUAUUACAUGACGACCAUCUUCCAAGUCUACAUCGGACUCCCGCCCUCUACAUCGUCUGUCUGUUCCGGCGCGGCCACCACGCUCCUCGCGAUAGGCUCCUUCGUGGGCUCCAUCUACUGCGAGAAGGGCGGUAGGCGUAAAUGGCUCCUCUGGGGCUCGGCCCUGCAAUCUAUCUUCAUGAUCUUGUUCGUGGCUCUGUUGGCCGUCAACACGAAACGAGCGAGCGCGGCUGCGGCUGCAAUGCUCUUCGGUUGGAUCCUUGUCUUUUCCCCAACUUGGGCGCCUCUACCCUACAUCUACGUAUCGGAGACAAUGCCGCUCCGCCACCGCCACACGGGCGUUGGUCUCAGCAUGUCCGCGCAAUGGCUCAUGGCGUUCCUGACCGUGUAUGCCGGACCCAUCGGUUUCGAAAAAGUAGGGUGGAAGAUCUGGAUCUGGUUUCUCGUGUUCAACGUCAUUGGCUUCCCGUAUGUCUACUUCUUCCUUCGCGAGAGUCGGGGUAGGAGUCUGGAGCGCAUGAAUGAGUUGUACAACGAGAAGUUGGUGGUUGGGGAUAGCAGCAAUGGUAGUGUUGCUGAUGCGGAUGGCGGUGCUGUAAAGGAGGAUGUCGUUGUUGAGAAGGUUUAG